UCCAACCAUGGAGUUCAGAGGAGCGUGUGUUCUGCUGGGAGUCCUGCUGCUGGUCAACUGCUCGCUUCAGCAGACCCCAGUGAAGCGGAAGCCGGUGAAAAAAGAUACAUCUAAGGAUGCUGCUGUCGAGCAGCUUCAGAAGCAGAUCGACGAUAUCGUCCAGGAGCUCAACUUACUGAAGGAACAGCAAGCCCUGCAGACAGUCUGUCUGAAAGGCGAAAAGAUCCACGGAAAGUGUUACUUGGCUGACCCCCUGAGAAAACGCUAUCACACUGCCAGUGAGGACUGUAACAACCUGGGCGGUGUCCUCGGCGCGCCCACGUCCAGCGACGAGAACGACCAGCUCAGAGACUACAUCCGCCGGAGCAUCGGCCCGGAUGAGCAGGUCUGGCUGGGCGUCAACGACAUGAUGACCGAGGGCGUCUGGGUGGACCAGACCGGCUCCAGCAUCACAUACAAAAACUGGGAGCGUCCCCAGCCGGACGGCGGGCAGUCCCAGAACUGCGCGGCCCUGUCCGGGGCCGCCCGCGGGAAGUGGUUCGACGAGAACUGUCGUGAUGAGAAGCCGUCUGUCUGCCAGUUCAACAUUGUUUGAUUUAACUCAUCAUAGACUGCGCACGAUUAUAGCUGCUUUCACUGCUGCGACGCCCCCCUCGCCUGCUAUCCUUAAAGGAGAUUUAAUCCAGUGGCUCUCAUCUGGUUUUGGACUAAAUUCUGAUCUAGAAGUCAGUCAGUUGCAUGUGACAGUGGUAUAUAAAGCUGUUAUUUUUUGCCUAAAUGGAUUUGGUGAUAUGUCAUUUGCAGCAUUCCUUGUGGUUACAAGAAAAAAACAGUUCAGUUCAGUUUAGGACAAACAAGAGAUUGUGGGAGAUUAUCUCCGCCAAAGGAAUCGGUGAUUUCUGCCUCCAUUUGAAGGAUUUCUAAAAAAAAUAUAUGGAUGUUCAUAUUUAGAAACACCAGUAUCCCUGCAACCAAAGGUGUGUGUAUGCGUCGGUGCUGGCACCUUUAACAAAUUAUUUUUUUAUUUUUUUUUUAAAAAAUGGGUAUAACUUCCAUGACUCACAGCUUGAGAGCCACUGGUUUAAAUGUCACUACUGUAUUAUUACGACAAGACUCUCAUCGAGCCAGAAUUAUAAUUAUUGCAUUAAUCCUGAAUAAAUGACUCAAUCAGCACGCACAUUCUUAAAAGUUAUUAAUUCAGUUUGCUAGUCUCUAGUCUCCUUUAAUGUCUAGCCUGAUGUAACCUUAAAAUCACCAUCAAUAAACUAUGGAAAAUUA